AUGAUUGCUACCAGCGCUUCGCACUCAAAAUGGAUUAGACGCCUUUCGCCGUCAAUGGCAUUGAAACAUGAGGAAUGCCAGCCAUCCCAGUCAAACUUGUGAUUAAAUAAACCUAUUCCUAGAUCCAUCUUUUCACAAUAUUAGAUAUUUUAAUGAAAUUAAGACUCCCCGCCAUGCCGUGAUCCGUAAUUAUUUUCCCAAUUAGAUGCUACGAAGUGAUUAAAGGCGCAUUGCGAUGAAAUGGAGGAGGUCACUGGUCUGCUCUCAUUAUGUACAGGCAGAAAAUUGUUUCCAGCAGAUCCAUUAAGCUUGUAAUUUGCUUCAAGUAGAUUGCCUUCUUACAGAAUGUCUCCGUUCAGCAUGUGCGCCGGGCGGUAUUUCAGGUCCUUUGAGUCAAGUAGGAUUAGCCGUAGCCUGGUGGACUUGUGUGAGAAGCAGGGUGCCAGCUUUAUUGGGACGCUAGCCCAGUGAACAGCUCGGCCUCUCAGCGGCCAACGCCUCCCCAUCGACUCUCCACCUGCUGUUUGAGCACCUAGCAGGCCGUAGUCGUGCGGUUACUGUCCACUCUCCUUCAAUGCAGGUUUGCUUCGCUCUCUUUUCCCUCUUUCUCUGUCUCUGCCGCCUCAUUCUAUCUCUUCCAUGUCCCCGAAUGCCCUUUCCUUCUCUUUCGCUUCCCCCGCCUCCAUCCUAAAGCAGAGUAGCUAAUGAAGAGACCCAUUUAGACGCCGACUUUGGUUCAUACAGCCCUCCGUAGCCUCGGCCGCUGUGACUGGCUAUUUGGGCUCUGACAUCACACGGGGGCCAGCUGUUGAUUUGGCGCUGUCUCCAAGGCUGGUUGGCUUGAUGGGUUGUGGCAGGUAGACUUGUGCUUGCGCAGCAUCCUUCCCUCCCUCCCUCUUUGUGACACCCACUCCCCUUCUCCCUCUUCUUUUAGAUCCCCUUCUCCCCUUCCCACACGCUCACUCUUUUGCGCGAGUGCAGGAGGCAGCCGGCAGCUGCCGGAGGAGCGAGCUGGGAGGCGACUCCAGCCUCUUCUCCAGCUUUUAGUGCCUCCUGUACACAAUGGAAGCUAAAGAGACGAGUUACGCUGGGGACGGAGGGCAGGUCAGCACAGGUCAUGGGGGUGUCGGGGCCCCUCGUUGCCAGGCAGAGUGGCUGAAGCAGGCAUGGAAAAGAAGUAUCGGGCAGGAUCGGUAGGCCGUGUUGAUUUCCCGAACCACCUCAUCACUGGCUACGCAACUAUACCAGUGCUCCGUCUUUGCCAACAUUGCCAGUAAGACAUUGCCAUGAGAAUGUCUGAUCAAGUUAAUUUUGAAACACCGAAGGUUUCCGUGGCUGCCGACAAUGUGCCGUGUCCAAAAGAUACCGCCACCCAGUCGGAUGUUUCAGAUGAGGGCGUCAAAGAAAACUCUGGGAAAAUCACCGCAAUAGAAGCCAAGGCUGUGAAGUACUCGAAGCCUAAAACCAGGCUAAAGCUUGUUCGGAGCCUGGCAAUAUGUGAGGAUUCCUUCCGUUGUCCAAUUCUUGAGCCUUCAUCUGCACCUCAGGAUGAAAUACUCCUUGGAAUGUUAGAAAAGGAUCAUGGCGCCACACAAAAACAGGCUCAGACAGAAGUCAUCUCUGACAAGGUCAACAAGAUGGACAAAAUGCAGAGAAAAACUUUGUCUCGAGAUUCCAGUCAAGACUACACUGACUCCACAGGCAUUGAUCUUCAUCAGUUUUUAGUGAACACACUGAAGAGCAACCCCAGGGACCGAAUUAUGCUGCUUAAGCUCGAACAAGAUAUUUUGGACUUCAUCAGCAACAAUGAAAGUCAAAAAAGAACAUUCCCACCUAUGACGUCCUACCACAGGAUGUUGUUGCACCGCGUGGCCGCCUACUUUGGUUUGGAUCACAAUGUGGACCUGACUGGGAAGUCAGUUGUGAUCAACAAAACUACCAACACGAGGAUCCCCGAUCAGAAAUUCUCCGAGCACAUCAAGGAUGACAGGACGGACGAUUUCCAGAAACGGUACAUUCUUAAACGAGACAACUCCAGCUUUGAUCGCGACGACAGCACCAUUCGGAUGCGUUUGAAAGCAGACAAGAAAAGCAAAUCGAUGGAGGAAAGGGAGGAGGAGUACCAGCGAGCCAGGGAGAGGAUAUUUGCACAUGAUGAAGAUCACUUCAUACUGGAUCAAAGUGCUCAGGAUGACUACGUAUGUACACGUACCCAGCAGAGGCGGCAAAUGUUCAGGUCACGGGCCGGACACUCAGGCGCCAGCUGGCAGAGCAGCUCGGAGACUGAGACGCUGCCACGAAACGGCGAGCCCCGGCCGUGGAGCAGUACUGACAGCUCAGACAGCUCCAACCGCCUCAUCCCGCGCCCUGCCAUCACUAAGGCCAGCAGCUUCAGCGGCCUGUCACGAGGGGACAGCACUGCCAGCAGUAAGAGCACUGGGAGGCUUUCCAAAACAGGUUCAGAAUCAUCCAGCAGCGUCGGUUCUUCGUCCAGCUCGCUCUCCCGUCCCCACCAGCCUUUCACCGUGUCAGUUUCUUUGCGGCCUAAAAUUCCGGGUUUACCUUUCAUCCACCCAGCAGCGGACAAUAAAGGCUCCGCACACCCUGACAUGAUCAAGAGUGCUCCGUCACAACAAACUCCUUCUGCUGAUGUGACAAAUUUUUAUGUGAUGUCACUUGAGGCCUCGAGCAUACCACAUGGCAGCAUUCUUGUCAAUCCACAUACAGGAAAGCCUUUCAUCCAUACUAAUAGCAAUGGUGUAGUUUUUGGUCCUGCAAGCGUGGCACCCCCUGCCGGCAGGGGCCUACAUCAAGGGAAAGUGUCACAGCUACCGACCUCUGCUGCGAGCCAGCAACAGCACAUCAGUUCCCUCUACUCACAGCCAAUGUGUCAUCCAUUCCAACCAUCAUCUGAACCACUUCACAACCCACCAGUUUCUUACCAGCUUCCUCCUCAGUUCCUGCCAGUCUGUACUAACCAACAGUACACUGUGCCUGAAACCCUCAACACUCAGUUCAAUCACAUGACGUUAGCGCAACAGUCGCCCAACAGUGGAGCUCCGGCAACAGACGCUCGCCAUUAUGCAACACUGUACCACCAUCCGGCCUCGGUGGUGUUGCACGGAACGCCCCCGCAGCAGCUUUCUAAUUACGUAGUUGCCGGACCUUCAGGGAGCAACCCAGGAAUGCUCCAAGGCCAGACUGUCCCGCUUCCCACUCUCGGACCUCACCACACCUAUCCUGGCAGCGUGACUGUUCACGCUGCUUUUCCUGGCACUGCUCUGAACCAGCAACACACCAGCAUGCUCCAGCAGCACACGUACAUUCAUCAGCCGGUCCAGCAGGUAGCUCAGGGAAAUUUAUCUGUCGCGAGAUAUCCACUCCCUCCUUUUUUAUAUUUAAUUUUGGACUUCUUACAGAUCUCCGCAUGCUACUGUUCAUCAACUCACCAUCCUCAGUGCUCUAGCCAGCAACAGCACUUCCGUCCGCCUCUGAACCAUUUGCCGCAUAACGUCCCUCAAAGCCAAAGCCUGUCUCAGCAGCAAGUGCGCCAGCCUGUGAUGUCAAGUCCAGCACCUAUAUUGGGAAUGCAGCCAACACCCAACUUUGCUCUCAGUGGUGUCCAGCAGAGCAAUAUUGGCAGCCAGAUGCAAGGCAUGAUGGUCCAGUACUCGCCAAUACAAUCUUGCCAGGUUUCCGUGCCACAGCAUACUGGGUCAAUGUUAGUGUCACCGUGCCCUCCGGGACAAGGUCCAGUAGCAGUCACUGGCAUGCAGCCCUGCUACGGCCUUCUGCCUGCUCCGAAUCAGCACACUACCAUGAGUUCCACUGUGAGUUUUCUGCCCUCUCCAAUGGUGGAGCAGCUCCAGUUCGCUCAGAACUCAUCCUCAUGUGUUGCCCAAGCAAACCCAGGAUUGUUGCCUGCGGCCCCCGGCAACGGUAUGGUGAUGCUACAAAUGUCAGCUCCCCCCUGCCAGCAGCCCCAGGCGUCCUCCCCCUGCCAACAGAAGCAACCUAGCCACAAACACCUGCACCCCGAGCACCCGCGCACCCGCAGACCGACUGAUCACCCGCCGCUUCCUGACAACAUGCAGAGCAGCCUGCUCUCGUCCCCGCCCCUCACACCCUCAUCGGGACAGUCGCACAGCAUCAAGGGCCCGCCAACAGGCAUCGCGUCCUUCCCUACGAUGGCCCGGCAGCUUCCUACAGCCUUCUGCCACAGUGGACCAGGUGAAGCCCAGUACUCCGUUCUGGGCCAGCCUCUGGAGUACAAGCCAUUCAUCCAACCGCCACUCAUCCACACUGGAUACGUGGUGACCAAACAUCAGGGUCCAAUGGGAGUUUGGCAUCGGGGUUAUGGAAGAAAGGCCGGCAAAAAAUCUUUUGCUUCAGAUCACAGUGUAGUUGAAGCAGCAGCGAGCGGGCCUCGAGAGGGUACCGGCGAGACAGACUCUCAAAAUCAACUGCCACGCGUCUGCCAAAAGGGCGAAAUGACAGCGCGUUACACCAGAGAAGCUCCCGGUUUAAACCUGGCUUCGCUCUACUCUACCUGUGCCGUGAUUCCCACUGAUUCUGCGUUUCUCAACGGCGCUCCACAAGCUCAUUUUCAACCUAGAGCUCACCCACCGAGACUUAAAGAGGAGUUAUGCGGCCGAAGCAGCUCAUAGCUGGAUCGUUUUGAACCUUUGCCGCCUCCGGACUGUUUCCGCACCUCACGCCCGAGCCCGGACAAACCCAAAUUAGUGAAUUUGUUUGAAGAGUGAACGUUUUUUGGGUUGUUUUGUUUGAAUUCAGUCAAACAGUCUAGAGUUUAAGGUGUUGUGUGAUCCUUUCUGAUGGUAAAUGAUAAGGUAUUCACUGUGAAAAAUUGCAAAAAGUUGCGAGAAGUUUCACCGCCAAUGGCAGCCAAUUUCGGGAUAACGGCAUUCUGUCCAGCCAAAUUUACCUGCGGUAAAAAUCUAGCGCACAUGUUUGGAAGGAGAAAAAAAGCAACAAUCAGCUGGCUGAGUGUAUCCCACUUUAAGGCAAUGUUGCGUUUGCACUGAAGUGAUUUAUAUUUUGUGGAUAACUAAUUCACUCGGCCAAAAAUUGUUUUAAUUUAAACGAAAUGCACAUAGAAAAUGCAACGUUUUUUUGUAAGGGGUUUGUGUACCCCAUGAGUGAUUUGUAUGUUAUGUUGUUUAAACUAAUAAACGUUUUCACCACACAUGUUGAGAUUUUAUUAAAGUCCGUGUGCUGGAAAUGCUGUGUACCAAGGGUGUGGUUUUGCAUUGGGACGGUAAGGACAUAACACAACCAACAUUUCAGGACGCUCAAAUUGUCCACACCAACUUUUAAGCAACCUUAUUUGCAUUAUAUAAUGACUAGUUACAGUGCCUUGCAAAAGUAUUCGGCCCCCUUGAACCUUGCAACCUUUCGCCACAUUUCAGGCUUCAAACAUAAAGAUAUAGAAUUUUAAUUUUUUGACAAGAAUCAACAACAAG